UGGCCAAAGAUCUCUUUCAACAGAAACAUCUCCAACUGGGUCUCUGUCUCUUUCUCCACUUCACUACAACCUUAAACCCACUACUACUUCUUCUACUGUACUUUUAUCUUUCCAUUCACAUUCUCUUGUUCUGUUUCACACUUUCACUCUCUUAUUCGUGUCUUUUUUCUCACUCCCCAUGGACCGUACCACUGACAAGCAGCAAUUUUCCUUGGCCAAAGGUGCCAGGCAAAGAUGCAAUGAAUGGAUUUUUCGGGAUGUACCAAGUGAUAUAACUAUAGAAGUGAGUGGAAUAACAUUUUCAUUGCACAAGUUUCCUCUUGUUUCCCGAAGUGGAAGAAUUAGGAGGCUAGUUGCUGAACAUAGGGAUUCUGAUAUCUCAAGAGUUGAGCUUCUUAAUCUUCCAGGAGGUGCUGAAUGCUUUGAGUUGGCUGCCAAAUUUUGUUACGGCAUCAACUUCGAGAUCACAUCCACAAAUGUUGCGCAGCUAUGUUGUGUUUCUGAUUACCUAGAAAUGUCUGAAGAUUUCUCAAAAGACAAUCUCGGCUCCCGAGCCGAGGAAUAUCUUGAUAGCAUUGUUUGCAAGAAUCUUGAAAUGUGUGUUGAAGUCUUGCAACAAUGUGAAAGCCUGAUCCCUCUUGCUGAUGAGCUAAAAAUAGUUAGCCGCUGCAUUGACGCGAUAGCUUCAAAAGCUUGCGCGGAGCAAAUAGCUUCUAGUUUCUCAAGAUUAGAGUAUAGCAGCUCAGGGAGGUUGCACAUGAGCAGAAAUGCCAAAAGUGAUGGUGACUGGUGGAUUGAAGAUCUUUCUGUUCUUAGAAUUGACAUGUACCAGAGAGUCAUAACAGCCAUGAAAUGCCGCGGUGUUCGUCCGGAGAGUAUCGGCGUUUCACUUGUGAAUUACGCGCAGAAGGAACUUACAAAGAAAUCCAGCUUGUGGAAUCCAUCUACCAAUGCUAAAGUUGAUUCAGAUUCCAGUUUACAUGAACAGCUUGUGGUUGAGACCAUUGUCAGCCUUUUGCCUGUUGAAAAACUCGCUGUUCCGAUCAAUUUCCUCUUCGGUCUUCUGCGAAGUGCGGUGAUGCUUGAUUGCGCAAUUGCUUCAAGACUUGACCUGGAAAGAAGGAUAGGAUCACAGCUAGAUGUUGCCACUCUUGAUGAUCUUCUGAUUCCGUCUUUCAGGCACGCAGGCGAUACCUUAUUUGAUGUUGACACAGUUCAUAGAAUUUUGAUAAACUUUUUUCAGCAAGAUGAUAGCGAUGAAGACCUAGAAGAUGCUUCUCUUUUUGAAUCUGAUAGUCCUCCUUCUCCUUCCCAAACUGCAUUAGUUAAAGUAUCAAAAUUAGUUGACAACUACCUUGCUGAAAUCGCGCCUGAUGCAAACUUGAAGCUUUCUAAGUUUUUGGUCAUUGCAGAAACCUUGCCGGCACACGCACGCACCGUUCAUGAUGGCUUAUAUCGAGCAAUUGAUAUUUACUUAAAAGCUCAUCAAGGUUUGUCAGAUUUGGACAAGAAGAAACUUUGCAAAAUGAUUGAUUUUCAAAAGCUUUCUCAUGAAGCUGGAGCGCACGCUGCGCAAAAUGAGCGCCUUCCUCUCCAGUCAAUAGUGCAAGUUCUUUAUUUUGAACAACUAAGACUCAGAAACUCUUUGUCCGGCACCUAUGGGGAAGAUGACCCCAAGCCAAUGCACCAGUCGUGGCGCAUAAGUAGCGGUGCACUAAGUGCAGCAAUGUCUCCACGAGACAAUUACGCGUCACUGAGGCGUGAAAACCGUGAGCUCAAACUUGAGUUGGCUAGACUGAGAAUGAGAUUAAAUGAUCUAGAGAGGGAGCAUGUUUGCAUGAAGAGGGAUAUGGCGAAGUCCGCAUCGCGUAAAUUCAUGAGUUCUUUCUCCAAAAAAAUCACUAAGCUUAGCAUCUUCGGACAUGGUUCUUCCAGAGGAUCAAGUUCCCCAUCCAAAAACUCUCAUAGAACAGAUUCAAAGGUGAUAGAGAGAGUCUGUGCUAGCACAGAAUAGGUAAAUGUGUAAUUGUCAUUUUUCUUUUUUUUAUCUUUUUUUUAUCUUUCAUUGAAGUCACUAGGCAACUGUAAGUUAUAGUCAUGGUGAAAUAUUCACUACAUUUUGUCUUUCCUCCUUUUAGGCCAAGUUUAUGUUAGUACAAUUAGGAGGCUAUACUUGCUUGCAGGUUCAGUUUAUGUGGAUUGCUGCAUUAGCUUUGUUUGUUUGUUAUGUUUAAAUGUUGACAUGAACGUGUAGUUAAACAUGUUACAAGUUUUUAUUUCCCAUCUUUACUUGAA